CAUAUCUACAUUGUGCAACAAUGACGUCAGAGGGAAAAUCCGAUAUGGAUCGAAUUGGUCUAUUCCGUGAGAUGGGCUACAUCAGUAUUGGGGACAAAUAUAUCACUCCCGGCUCUAAGCCAUUUAAUGAAGCAGCAAGUAAAAACAGGCAAAUGUUUCCUGGUGGCUCCAAGACGAUGGCUAAUACCUUAGGAGGAUACUUUGAUGCUCAGUUCAAACGGACAUUUGAAGGUGAAGCCUAUUCAGAUCCACUGAAACAAAGAAGGCAGUAUCGUAUUCAGCAGGCCAAGAAGAACUUGGGAAAAUCAUUCCUCCCAUCGAAUGGGGAAAAAAAGCCAUCCGGCGUGGGUAGCUUUUAUGGAACAUUAAGUGGUCCAGUUCAAGCUUUUAGUGCAGAAUUAAAACCCAGGAAGGCAUAUACUGCGCCAGGGAAGAACAUCUAUACCAACCCUUCCAAGCACGGCACAGGAUAUGGGUAA